UUCAUGUUUACUUAUACUUAUGUAAAUCCAUAUACUUAUAUGACUUCACAAUAUACCUUUUAGUUUGAGUUUUGUGUCCAGUGAAAAUGGUUGAACUUCAAACGGUAUCGGAAGUCGGAGAUGGUUUGCCACUGUCAUUCUCCAGUAUUCUUAUGCUUGUUCUCAUUAGUAUUUGCACUCUAUUAAUAGUAUAUGAGUACUGGUUCCGAAACCUUCGAUAUGUCAAGUUGGGGAACAAAAUGCCGGGACCCAGAACUAUUCCACUUCUUGGAAAUGCUUAUUUAGCUAUAGGGCAGUCUCCCAGUGAAAUUCUGCAAUUAGGAAUGAAGAUGUACAACGAUCUUAACGCCGAAGUAAUACGAUUAUGGUUGGGUCCCAAACUGAUCGUAGGUUUAAUGAAUGCACAGGAUAUAGAGAUUAUCUUAGGCAGCACAGCUCAUCUAGAAAAAUCACAAGAGUAUGACCUCUUUCAGCCUUGGCUGGGAGAAGGGUUGCUGAUCAGUAAAGGCGAAAAAUGGAGGACGCAUAGAAAAAUGAUAGCGCCUACUUUCCACUCAUCGAUAUUAAAAUCAUUCAUGCCAGUUUUCAAUAAAAACGCGAAUACUUUGCUGGAAAGUUUGAAAAAGGAAGAGGGAAAGGAGUUUGAUGUGCAUGAUUAUAUGAGUGGUACUACUGUUGACACUCUAUUAGAAACCGCAAUGGGUGUUAAAAAGUCCGAUGAAGAUAAUACUGGCUUCGAGUACGCUAUGGCAGUCAUGAAAAUGUGUAACAUCCUUCACUUGAGACACUACAAAUUUUGGUUGCGACCUGACUUUAUAUUCAAAUUCACAUCGAUGUGGAGUGAGCAGAAUUAUUUGCUAAAUGUCAUCCAUAGUUUAACGAGACAGGUAAUAAAGCGCAAAAAGGAGAACUACUAUUCAAGAGAAUCGAAGGGGGAGCAAAGCUUAUAUAAGAAAGCACUAAGCACUUCAAGAUACAAUGAGAAAGAAGGUCAGAUAGAUGAAACCUCCUUCACUUACAUUAAAGAUGACUUGGACGAAAACGAAGAAAAUGACAUCGGCGAAAAGAAAAGGUUGGCGUUUUUGGAUUAUAUGAUUGAAGUUAGUCACUCCAAAGGCAAUACCUUGACAGAUGACGAAAUUAAAGAGGAAGUUGACACAAUCAUGUUUGAGGGGCACGAUACAACUGCAGCUGCUUCUAGCUUUGUGCUCUCGAUUCUCGGAGUUCACCAAGACAUUCAAGAGAAAGUCUUCGAGGAACUGAAGGAAAUAUUCCAGGACAAUCUUUCAAGGCCUAUCACUUUCAAUGAUACAGUCCAAAUGAAAUAUUUGGAGCGGGUGAUUUUGGAAACCUUGAGGGUAUAUCCACCAGUACCAAUUAUAGGGAGAGUUUUAAAAGAAGAUGUUACAUUGGUUACUGGAAAUUAUACUGUUCCUGCUGGAACUACGAUUGUUAUUGGCACUAUGGCCAUACACAGAAACACUAGAUAUUACCCGGAUGCUGGAAAAUUCGACCCUGACAAUUUCUUGCCCGAGAGAUGCCAAAAUCGACCUUAUUAUGCAUUCAUUCCUUUCAGCGCAGGUCCACGAAGUUGUGUUGGGCGGAAAUACGCAAUGUUAAAAUUGAAGGUAAUCCUCGCAAGUGUUUUGCGUAAAUACAGAACCAUUUCCUUGUUGAAAGAAGAAGAUUUUAAGUUGCAGGCAGAUAUUAUUCUAAAGAGGGAGGAGGGUUUUAAAAUUAAAAUAGAGGAAAGACGCACAUAAAAUAUUUUAUUUAUUGUUUGUACUAUUAAUGAGUAGCUAUUUGUUAAUUAUUAAUGAUCAAUUAAAAUAAGUCAUCAUAAAUAUGGACAAUUGUUAUUUCUGCUUUUGUAUUAAAAACGAAUAAAGAAAUU